CUCCUCUGAUGAUUACACAUGGCUACCGAGCGGGAAGGCGAUCAGCUUUCAGUGACGGUCAUUCCAGACCCAGCCUGUGCCCAAGGGCUGAAGGCAACAUGGGGGCUCGGAAAACAGAUGUUUGUCUUUGCUGGUAUGCACCAUAAAGUCCAAGAGGAGAUGAGAGGAAACCUUGAGUCUCCCACAUACAUACACCAGGUGAAGUGGGACACAGAAAUGCACGAGCCCAUUACGAGGAAGCUGGUCAACGAAUCAAGAAAUAUUUUUAUGCUUCUUCAACAUAAAGUGACAGAAUGUUCAGGUGCCGCAUUAAAACCACACCUUGUGAAGGCCAGUCGUCAAUAUAGGGCUGUUCUCAAGGCCUGUAGUAUUAACCUUCACACAGCAGCAGGCAGCACCUUCAAUGAAGAAGAGCGAGAGAGAUUAGAGAGACAGGUGCAAAUCUAUGAGAUGAUUGAGCUGAUUUGGAGUUUGUGCGAAAUGCUGUUCAUUGAGGUCUCACCAGGUGGGGUAAUCCUGACCCAAUUGCUAGAGUGGUUGCGCUGGAAUUUCUGUGAGGCAGAGACACAGGCUUUGGAAGUGAUGCAGUAUGACCCACCUGAAAACCACAAGGAGUACUGGGACACUAUUUACAGGUUUGUCCUACAAGGCAGAGUGGACAACGCGCGUAAACUGUUAUCCUUACAUUCACAAAUAGGAGAAGACAGCUUCCAAAGUCUGGAUGAACUGUUAAAGAAAUUACCUCUACAAGCGAUUUACCGUGGCCAUUCGCUUGCCGAGUUUGACAUGAAAUGGCGUCACUGGAGAGAGGAGUGUGCAAGAAGACUGGAGGAUGGGGAGUUUGCCUCCUGUGUCAACCUGGAAAAAAUCUGCCGAAUAUUAUGUGGUGAUGAAGACAUAUUCUCAGAGUUGAAAGAUCUCUGUGAAACAUGGUAUCACAUGCUGGUGUCUAAAAUGCUGUAUCAGAACCCCACAGUCAAGGCAUCAGAUCUACAAUACUAUGUUCACGGCUGUAUCAACGAGUACGCAGCUAGAGGUAGACUAGGAGAGCUAGACAAUAUCUUGAUAGCAGCGUUAGAGUUUGAUAUCCAUCAGGUGAUCAAGGACUGCAGUUCCGUGUUGGGCAGCUGGUGGUUUGUGGUUCAUCUGACAGAUCUCUUUCAUCACAGCGGUGGGUUAGAGGCUCAGAAACAAGGAUAUGGGUCAAACCUAAGGGAAUUCCUUCUGUUGGAGUAUGCCUCAGGACUGAUGUCACACAAUAGUUUGUGGCAGAUAGGCAUUGAUUAUUUUGAUCAUUGUCCUGAAUUUGGCAGGAGUUACCUUGAGCUGUAUUUAGAGCACAUUCCUCUUGACACAGAGAAGAAAGCUUGGAAAAUCUUGAGAAUCUGUGAAGCGAGGGAAAUGAACCAUCAAGUGCGGAGCAUCUGUCGAUCAAUGGGAAUGAAAGCUCUCCACAAUGGCCGACUAGGGUCAGCAUUGUCUUGGUGCUUGAGGUCAAAGGAUGUGGCAUUUGCAACCAUGAUCACAGAAAAGUUUUUAACAGAAUACACAGACAAGGGUGACUUCUCUAAUCUGGACUUGAUAGACAAACUAGGCCCAUCCAUGUUACUAAGCAAGAGGCUCACUUUUCUGGGCAAAUACAGAGAAUUCCACAAGCUGUAUGAAGAUGGGGACAUUUAUGCUGCGGCUGAGCUACUCCUGUCUCUGCUUACAGCCCGUCUGACUCCUAGACAGUUUUUACUCACACUUCUCACAGAUGCUUUGCCAAUGUUAGAAUAUGAAGAGGUUAUCUUCACCAGUCAUCAGACUUAUGAGCUAAUGUACUGUUUAGAAAGUAUUACAUUAUCCAAGACUCAAGACGACCAUAAACCACCCAAAGGAGAAAGUCAGUCAGGAGCUCAAGUGAAAAAGGGCCUGAGUGAGACAGAGAAGGAGAAGAUAGAGCUGAUGAGGCUGGCUCUGGCCAGGAACUUAGCCAGGGCCAUAUUGAAAGAGGGUACACUCAAGGCUUGAGCGGAAAUUUCAGUGACCAUUCUGAAAGAGAGUACACUCAAGGCUUAAGCGGAAAAUUCCGUGGCCAUUCUGAAAGAGGGUGCCCUUAAGGCUUGAGCGAAAAAUUCAGUAGAUAUUCUGAAAGAGGGUGCAGGUACCCUUAAGGCUUGAGAAAAAACUUCCCUUAAGGUUUGAGCAGAAAAAUCAGUCGAUAUUCUGCAAGAGGGUACACUCAAGGCAUGGGCUCGAACUUUAUUGGACAUUCGGAAAGAGAAAUUUCAUUGGCUUUCCAGAGGAUACACUCAAGGCAUGAGCGGAAACCUGACCAUGGCCUGUCUAAAAGAGAGCACACUCAAUGCCUUAUGAGCUUUGUUGUUGUCAUUUUGAAGGAAGUCGGGACCCUCCUACACAUCAUGUUGUGCCUCUACGGGUCUUGUGAAAGAGGUUGUAACAGUGGUGCUGAGCUCAUGGACCUUCAUUCACAAAUCAGCUUGUUAAUACAAUGGGUUAAAUUAACCGAAAAAAAGGCCGCAGACAAUGCGCAGAAAUCAUGGAAAUCUUAGUUUUGAUAUUUCUUGGCUACCGGUAUCAUUUUCUUUCGAUGAAUUAUGAGUGUGAAGGCAAGGAAAAAUGGGUCAUUAAGUGCUUCAAGGAGAUUUUCCUGGAAUUUCUGUUGAGCCUGAACAUGUAGUUGUUGAUAAGGGGUGGGGUACUGGAGAGGUCAACAGUGAACAAAUAUUAUACAUGAGCAGGCCUUGGCAAUGUGACCAGGAACAGGUAUGUAACAGGUCUACCAGGCCAGUUCUAAGUUGUCCAUACAAACUUUGCUUAGGUCCUCAGUGGCUCAGCAUUUGAGUCCAAUUCCACAAAGCCAUUUCUGACUGAAGUCAAAAUUUGAUUUAUGAUUUUCAAGCUUACAUUUUGGCAUAAGAAAUGAAAAUUUUGUCCCCUUCAUCAGUGUUAUCUGAAGACAACUAUCCAAAUUUCAACUUCCAUUUCCAGAAACUAAUAAUUGUACAGAGCUUUCAAAUUUGACUUGAGUCAAAAAUGGCAGUCAGUGCAGCCAUAUGUUUGGAUCCAGUAUCCCUUCCUGUUAUAGGCUGCAGUGUUACACCAGUUUUUCUGUUGGUGUUACUUAUAGUGCCCUGGAUUCACUGACAAGCCCUCUUAAUGUUACAACAUGAAAAUGCCUACAUUGCUGGUUUCCAUGUUAAUGAUAAUGCAUAAAACACUAGGAGGGCAUAGUGCACUCAGGCCCUGCUUUGGUAUGUUUAUUAGUUUACUCCAUCUAUAAGCUUCAAUGCCAUCAUGUAUUAAUUAAGUGAAAUAUUUUUGAACAAAACAACAAUCAAAUAAAGAUCUUUGUUGGCUUUACACUAAAGGCUUUUGUGGUUUUAAUUGAAAUAUUUUCAAUAAAACAACAACCAAAUAAAGAUCUUUGUUGGCUUUACACUAUAGGCUUUUUUGGAUUUAUUGAAAUAUUUUCAAGUACACUUUAAUGUAUACCCUAAUUUUUCAACCCUUUCGCACAUAAAAGGUCAACUUUUGCAUAGUUUAUGCUCAACUGAUUUUGGAGAUAAAACUACAUUAGUUGGAUAGGCCAGUUUCAGGGCUUCUCAAAAAGUAUAAUUUUGAAUAAACACCUUUCAAACAUACCAACAGAAAUACAGUAGCUAGUAAUGCAUGUGUAUCACUGGAUUAUUGUAAAUACAUUGAUCAGCCUGCAGUUCAGUAGUUCAUGUAAAUC